AUGGGCCGAAUCACUACGGCCAUCCACUCGAUCUUCACGGCCACCGGGGUCACUGCACGCGGAGCUAAGAUGAACCGUCACAAGAUCUGCCGAAAGGUGGCCUUUCCUUUGCUUGCCGGAUUGUUGUCGGGUGCUGUGGCUGCGACGUUGAAGGGCUUUCAGACCUACAUCGACGAUGAGAAUUGGAUCGAAGAAAACCUUUUCUUCGACAGCGGGGCCUACGGGUCCUUUGGCACUUGUAUGAGCUUCAUGAUGGUCUUCCGCACAGCUCAGUCCUACAGCCGUUACUGGGAAGGGAUCGACAUGGUUUACCAGAUCAUGGGGCAUUGGUUCAAUGCUGCCAGCAAUACCUUGGCCUUUAGCCGCUGCAGCACAGCCAAGGCGGAGGAGAUCGAGAAUUUACGGCGGCUCUGCGUGCGACUCUUCAGCUUGUUGAAUUGCUUGUUGCUUCGAGAACUGGAGGGCGAAGAGGUCCGUGCCGAGAGUGGCCUGAAGUUCCCGGUCUUGGAUCCUGGCGGCAUCGACCUGCAAACUCGUGCGCAUUUGCUGAACAUGAAGUCCCACAGCCGACCAGAGCAGGUCUUCCAAGCCAUCAGCAAGGUCAUCGUGGAAGCCCAGGCCUUCGGGAUCAUCGCCUCGCCGGCGCCCAUCGUGGGACGAAUCCAUCAAGAGAUGGGCCUCGGAAUGACCAAGCUCCAAUCCGCCAUGAAGCUGGCCUAUGUGGACUUCCCAGCGCCUUACAACCUUGGAAUGAAGGCCAUGCUGGUGGUCCAUAUGAUGUUAACACCUGUGGCUGUGAUCGCUUGGGCCAAGACGGUGCUCUUCAGUGGCUUCUUUAGCUUUGUCUUGGUCUUCAUUAUGUUCGGCCUCAUGCAGCUGACGGCCGAAUUGGAUAACCCCUUCCACGACUCCGGCUUUGGCUUCGACAAGGAUUUAGUCCAGCAGAAGUUCAACAAAGCCCUUGUGACGAUUUUGCUCGAAGAGAGGAGACCAGUGGCCCAUUUGGCCAGCUCUGCGGACCUCAUCGGCGCAACGGACCUGGAGUUCAUGAAGGCUCGCAUGGAGAAGUCGGUCUACGAGCGCAACAGCUAUGGCAGCAUGGUCUCCGUAGUGCCCGGCCAGGUGCUCGAG